AUGUUUGAAAAAUUUCAUCAACUGAACAAGACUUUUCUUUUACUUAUUGUGGUCAUACAGAACGUGAAGUUAAAUGAGGCAGAAAAGAUUCAACUAUUAGAAGCAUCACACAAUACAUAUAGUUCAUUAGAAAAACAUGAAGAACAAAAAAAUAAUUCCAAUAAAGAUUUAAUGAAUAUACAAGUUGGAAAAGAGACGAGAGCAAGCACGACUUAUAAUAAAUCCCGACGAUUACUUACGAAAAAAACGUGGCACAUACCAAGACAGAAAGUCUGA